CUAUCCGCAGUUAUUUUUGUGCUAUUUUUCAGUGCUUGCACUUACACCAUGAGGAGAAGGACGAAUCUGAGAACAGAGGAAAUAGGAAAUAUCCAAGAGGAUAAAUUACUCGACUGGGCAGGACGAGCAACUGUUGGGGACGACUAUUCAGACAAAGAUAUUCAAGGAGAGGUGACAUCCCAGGACCUCCCUUUGAUCCGGCUAGAUGUUAUAAAUGAAGCUACAAAGCAAUUUUCUGAUGAAAACAAACUUGGUCAAGGAGGGUUUGGCCCAGUAUACAGGGGUACGUUAGAGGAUGGCAAAGAAGUUGCAGUUAAGAGGCUCUCAAGAACUUCUGGUCAAGGACAGAGAAUUCCUGAACGAAGUCGUUUUAAUCGCCAGAUUACAACACAGAAAUCUUACGAAUUCUCACGUUACAUGCACAUUGGUUUAUUAUGUGUUCAAGAAGAUGCUAGCGACAGACCUACCAUGUCAUCUGCCGUCUUAAUGCUGAAAAGCCAAAAUUCAUUUCUUCCCCAACCUGAGCGGCCGGCUUUUGUGGGAAGAUUCAUGGACAACCUGGAGGCAACUGCUAGCAAUUUCUCUGUCAAUGAAAUGACACUUUCUGAUGUUGGUCCACGCUGA